CGCUCUUUAUCUCUCUAUCCUCAUCUUGCAAUCUCCACCUAGGGUUCUCGCCUCUUCUCUCUAGGUACGAUUUGAAGACGCAUCUCUCUCUCUCUCUCUAGGAUUCAUCAUCGCUCAAUUCAUCUCUCGCUCCCAUCUCGUCAAUAUUCGAAUUCUGACCCUUAGUAUCACCGAUUGAUUCAAUCCAUUACCUCUAGCGCGAUGGCGGCACCUAUGAAGCCUUUCAGAGGACGUGAAUCCGACGAUUCCGGUUUCACAUCGAACAAUCUCUGGGUCGGUAGCCUCACGAUGGACACGACGGAGUCAGAUCUGACGGAGUUGUUCGGAAGGUACGGCGACGUCGACAGAAUCACGGCGUAUUCAUCCCGUGGAUUCGCGUUUAUAUACUACAGACACGUGGAGGAAGCUGUGGCGGCGAAGGAGGCGCUGCACGGGGCGAAUCUGAACGGGAGUCAGUUGACGAUCCAAUACGCGCGACCGGCAAAACCUUGUAAGAGUCUUUGGGUGGGGGGAAUCAGCUCGAGUGUCUCAAAGGAAGACCUGGAGGAUGAGUUCAGUCAAUUUGGAAAAAUCGAGGAUCUUAGGUUUCUUAGGGAACGCAAGACAGCUUUCAUUGAUUAUUACGACAUUGACUCUGCCUUACGGGCAAGGAACAUGAAUGGCAAGCGACUGGGUGGUGGCUAUCUGCGCGUUGAUUUUCUCCGCUCACAAGCCCCAAGAAAAGAACAAUGGGCAGGCUCUUACGAUAACAGGAAUGGCAAUGUGAAUCAUAAACCGCAGUAUCCUCACUCACAUGAAGAUGCCAGAGGAGAUGACCAGCCAAGUAAGGUUCUGUGGAUAGGGUACCCUCCCUCUGUUCAGAUAGAUGAACAAAUGCUACACAAUGCAAUGAUACUCUUUGGUGAGAUCGAGAGGAAGAAAAGUUACCCGUCAAGGCAUUUUUCUCUUGUGGAGUUUAGGAGCGUGGAUGAAGCUCGCCAAGCUAAGGAAGGGCUACAAGGGAGAUUAUUCAAAGAUCCCAGAAUCAAAAUUAUGUACUCAAACGAUGAGAUACCUCCUGAGCAAGAUGAUACCAAUUUUUAUUCUGGCGUGAAGCGGUCAAGGCCAGAAUACAAUGACGUUACUGGUAUGGAGCCAAACUGGAGGAGGCCAUCUCCAAAUGGAACUGGAAUACUCCCAUCUCCAGCUGGACAUGGAAUUCUCCCACCUCCUGCACAAGGUAUGAGGAACCCUAUGAGGUCUAACCCCGGUUCUUGGGAAGGAUAUGAUCCUGCUCUGAUGGACAGAGAAAACAAACGAACCAGAAGGGAUGGAUCGGUGGAAGGUUUUACUCCAAUGGGUGUAGAUGAGAGGUCAUUUGGGCGUGGCUCAGUUGCUGCUAGGCCUAUUCGUGGCUACGGUGAUUCUGAUUACAUAUGGAGAGGAAUGAUUGCCAAGGGUGGAACUCCCGUCUGUUGUGCUCGUUGUGUACCUAUCGGAAAGGGGAUCGAAACUAAGCUCCCUGAAGUCGUGAACUGUUCAGCAAGAACUGGUUUGGAUAUGCUCGCCAAACAUUACACUGAAGCCAUUGGAUUUGAGAUAGUUUACUUCUUACCAGACAGUGAAGAAGAUUUUGCGUCUUACACUGAAUUUCUCCGCUACCUUGGCUCAAAAGAUCGAGCGGGCGUUGCCAAAUUAGAUGAUGGAACAACUUUAUUCUUGGUGCCUCCAUCAGAUUUCUUAACUGAUGUACUCAAAGUGACCGGUCCAGAACGGCUUUAUGGUGUUGUUCUCAAGUUGCCCCCACCAGCCGUUCCUGCUGCAGCAUCAUACAGACAAGAAAUUCAGUCUAAUCCUCUGUCUUAUAUGGAUCAAUCCCGGGAUUCACCUGCCAAUACCGGUCACAGUUUUUAUCCUCCGAGGGGUGCACCAGAACAGUUUACAGCUCCUUCGAGACCAUCGGUUAGUGAGCCUCUUAGGGUACCUAAUAAUGCAGCGUCUCUAGCUGCAUCUUUAACUCCUGAGCUUUUAGCUAAUCUGGCAUCUUUUCUCCCUGCAACUUCUCAAUCGGCUGCUCCUGAGAGUCACCAACCUAUGUCAGUUACUUCAUCAGUUUCUUCCACAGUGCCUCAGUACAAUGGAGAAGCACCGUCUCAAGCUUGGAAUAGAGAUCCGCAAACAGUCCAUGAUACCUCAAAUCAGUCGUUCCAAACAUAUGGAAAUCAGUACAAUCCAUCCGGGCAACUACCUCCUCCUCCUCCGCGUUACCUUCCAGCUUCAAACAACUCCAAUCCCAACUACUCUAGUGGAAUGGUCCAUGGCAACAUGCAGUACCAAGGCCAGUCUGUUAACAUGCCUCAAAUGACUCAUAAUAACUAUGCCAUGUACAGUCAGGGUUCGUCAAAUCAUUCUGUUUCUCAGCCCAUGACACAGCAAUACCAACCAGAAGCAUCAGUACAAAGCCAGAAUUAUGGUCCGGUUUCAAGUUAUCAGCAAGCUAACUAUCAUGGUGUAACAACAAAUCAGGCACAUAACUUGAAUCCUUCCCAGUUUCAAGCUGCUAUGCAACCACCAGCUGACAUGUCGAACUUAGAGCCACAAAGCCAAGCAUCACAGCUGCCCUCUGGGGCUGGUCAGGGUACAACAGAUGGGGAGAAGGACGAAAGGUACCAGAAAACACUACAGUUCGCAGCAAGCCUUCUCCAACAGAUUAAGCAGAAUCAGCAGCAACCGCCUUCGGGUACUCCUGCUGGACAGGGGCAUUGAAGUAGCUCCACUCGCUAUCAUAAGGUGUUGAUUUGAGCCAAAUGCCCGUUUAGCUACAACCUACCCGACCAAGAGAGAGGUUUUGUAAGAUGCUCAAGUGUGUCCGAGCUCGAUUAUGUUCUGCUACUGCAAACAAACGCUCCUAGAUCAUCUUCGUUUUUUUUCUUUUCUAGUUUUCCUUCGUUGUGAUAUUUGGAAGAAAGGCUCUGUAAAAUGAAUGUAUUUUGGAUAUUUUUUAUACUCUUUUACCGAAUUAGUUUUCUCUUGUUUCAAUAAAACAAAUCAUCUGCAUGAUCUUCUUUUUGUUUUGUUAAAUUACUCAAGAGUAUACUUCCUCAUGAAAGUCAAAUGAAACUAACUCUAUAACAAACGAAACACUAUUGCUUACAUACAGUUCUACGAUUAAAAAGGCGGAAAAUAUGGUUUUGUUGAGUCCAUAAAGUGAAUCUUGUGAGGGAAUACGCUAAGCCUCCACCAAGCACUGUCCACUCUAUUCACAUACCUUCAAAAUAGCUUACUCUCCUCAUCUUCGUCAUACAUUUUUUGGCCAAUUCACAAACGAGGGUGACAAUCUGGUUCAUGGAAGUUAAGCUAUAAAACAAAUUCCAUAUGAAGAGAGAUAGAAAUGAAAGUUACAACUCGUAAUGCACUGACUAAAGAGUAAUUAGUAUAGUAAAGAUUACCUUUUCUGGAAU